UUUACAUCUUCUGUGUCUGGUUUUGUCUCACUCAAAAACAUGUCUGUUCAGGGAUCAACUGAAGGAGCUAUCAAUCAGCUUACACGAAAUUUGGCUUGUGAGUGGGCAAAAGACAACAUAAGAUGUAAUGCUGUGGCACCUUGGUACAUCAAAACCUCAAUGGUGGAGCAAGUGCUUAGCAAAAAAGAAUAUUUGGAAGAGGUAUAUUCUGUAACUCCUGCUCGGCGCCUUGGAGACCCAACAGAAGUUUCAUCUCUGAUGUCGUUUUCAAGCCUGAGAAUUUCUAGGCUUCAACUGUGGUCAAUUUGCCCUUUAAUGUUGGGCCUUGCACUUUCCAGUGGAGCAAUGCUUCUUUUCCUUUCCUUUUUUCCGUACUUCCUUCUCCCCUUCACCCUGACUUUUGUUGUCUUUUCUUAUUGUAAUAUCUUCUACUGUGGCAUGCCUGGCAGUGCUAAGCCUACUUGUGUUUCAUUCCUCUUUCCACAUUGGAUCAUGACCAUACUUUUUGAUCUUGAGACAGUCAGGCCGACAGCUUUAAGAGACUUCCUUCUUCAUGAUAAUAGCUAAUGACUUCAUCUCCUGUUGGAAGUUCUAGGGAGCUAAAUAGCUAGACAUUCUCUUCUGUGUCUAUAAGUUGGAUUGUAGUACAUCUCUCUCGUUUAAUUGCAGUUUUAUGGGUUGUAUCCUUGGAAAGAUUUUGUUAUAAUGUGUUGAUUUCUAUAAAAAUAUAA